AUGGGAGUGGGCCAAUCUUAUCCCGGUCUAACGGAAGAUGUUUUGGAGGACUAUACUACAUUGACGUAUUUAAACAAAGGGGAAAUACUUUAUUUGAUGAAAAAGUUCUAUUCUAUCGAUCCUGUAAGAAUGGACGCGGACUAUCAUCAUAGAUUUGAGAAAAAUUUAAUUUUGAAAAAAUUUGAUGUACUACAGAACAAUCCAUUCCAAGAUCGUCUCUUUCGCGUAUUCUCCUCUAAGGAAGACGAUUGUUUCUCUUUCGAAGAUUUACUAGACUUGUGUUCAGCGAUGAGUUCAGAAUGUCCCAUAGAAGUUAAAGCUGCUUGGGCAUUUAGAGUGUUUGAUUUGGACGAAGAUAACCAAAUAUCUUCGAGGGAUAUUAGCGAAAUUGUUGAUCGUCUCACGGGUGCUGCAAGACGCGGUCAUUUGCUCGAUGACGAUUCAAAAAAUAAAAUUGCGAACGUUAUACUUGAAGAAAUCAAUCUGGUCAGUAGUGGCGGCAUUGGUUUGAAUGAGUUUAAAAUCAUUAUGACACGCAUACCCGAGUUUCACUCCUCCUUCUAUUUUCGAUUA